CUGGUGUCGUGGUGCUGCUGGCGCCAUGUUCCACAGCAGCACGCAGAAGCGGUUCUGGACGUUCCGCAGCGAGGAGGAGCUGAGUUGGUGCCGGGCCGAGGCCAACCGCAAGUUUCGCGGGAAGGUCCAGCAGACCGACCUUGCCCUUCUGGAGCCCCAUGAGGAGCUGGCAAUAUGCAAGUACUACGAGAAGCGCCUGGUGGACUUCUGUGCUGUCUUCAAGCCAACCAUGCCAAGAUCGGUGGUGGGAACAGCUUGCAUGUAUUUCAAGCGCUUUUACCUCAAUAACUCGGUGAUGGAGUAUCAUCCUCGAAUAAUAAUGCUCACAUGUGCGUUUUUGGCCUGUAAAGUGGAUGAAUUCAAUGUGUCCAGUGCACAGUUUGUUGGUAACCUUCGAGAAAGCCCUCUUGGACAGGAAAAAGCUCUUGAACAAAUACUGGAGUAUGAACUGCUGCUUAUUCAGCAACUGAACUUCCACCUCAUCGUCCACAAUCCAUACAGGCCGUUUGAGGGAUUUCUAAUAGAUCUGAAGACUCGUUAUCCAGUGCUGGAGAAUCCUGAAGGUUUGAGAAAAACAGCCGAUGACUUCCUCAACCGAGUGGCUCUGACAGAUGCAUAUCUGCUCUUUACUCCUUCACAGAUUGCUCUCACUGCCAUAUUAUCUAGCGGUUCAAGAGCAGGAAUUAAUAUGGAAAGUUAUUUAUCAGAAAGUCUUAUGUUGAAAGAAGACAGAACAACCUUACCCAAGCUACUAGAUGAUAUGAAAUGCAUGAAAAAUCUCAUAAAGAAAUAUGAACUGCCAAGGCCUGAAGAGGUCGUUGCACUAAAACAGAAAUUAGAGAAGUGUCACAGCGCGGAGCUUUCCCUUAAUACAAACCCGAAGAAGAGGAAGGGGUAUGAAGAUGAUGAAUAUGUCGCAAAGAAAUCUAAAGUGGAUGAGGAGGAGUGGACUGAUGAGGAUCUUUUGGACUGAGUGUAACCGUGAAGGAGGACUGAAUCCUACCAUGAAAGAGCCACUAUUCAGGGUCCUGUGUGAACCUGUGACCGGUUCCUUGCUUUGUGUCAUGAGGUAUUGUCAGGUUUUCUUUUGCAAUAAAGCACAUGACUUUG